CCAUAACCAAGCAAACACAAAAAUAUUCAAAAAUAUCUCAGCCGUCCAUUGGUUAGGUUAUCAAACAUUCCCGCCUAAAAUCGGAACCGUCUCUCAUUAACUCUUUUAACUAAAACCCUAGAACUCUCUUUCUCGCAUCUGCAUCUGCAUCCGGUGUUCAGGUCAGAUUUCUUCUUCAAGUCCUGCCUCGGGAGAGCUAAACCCUGACUCGUGUACUUGCAUACUGCUUUUUGCUUUUGAAUUUCUGUUUAUAUUUUUACGUCUUAAUGUGUUUCACCAACUCAUCAUGUCUCUCGGGAGAGCUAAAGCCUUGACUACUACAGAUCAUGUAUAUGUGUGCUGCUUUCUUAGGUAUGAAGAAGAAACAAAAGCUUGACAACGACUCUGUCGAUGAGAAACAAAAGCCGAUGAGGAGGUGGUGGAGAAGCGUCGUUACAGAUCUAUGGCCAAGGUUGCCAUCGGCAACUUAAUCAACCCCACCCUUGAGAACUCUGCCAUCACCGAAAUGGUACACAUCGUCUGCCCCACUUUCUCCCUCGACACUUCCAAACUCCACAACGCGAUUCUCCAACUCUACCAAGAAGGCAAAGAGAAAAUCGAGAAACUGCUGAAGGACGCACAAGGGAAGCUAACCCUCUCUUGCGAAUGGAUGGUUCUCGGUGACUGGAAAUGGACUAGUGAAGACAUCGUCGGUCCGAUUCUUCACCAGGAUUUUAUGGUCAUUAGCGUCUACUUCGCCGAUGAGGAUUUCAAGAUGAGGAAAUGGAUCUUGGCGUACCAUCCUCAUUCUCCUGAGGAUAUGAAACUGAAAGACGUUUAUCUCGAUUCAUUAAAGAACGUUGUUACUGAUUACGAGAUUGAGAACAAAGUCUCUACUCUUCUUGUCCCUAACAGUGUUGAUCUUGGUUUGGAUGGUUUUAGUAAAUGGAUAGAAGAAGAGGGAGGGAGCAAUCAGAUCAACCCUAACGUGUUCCUCAUCUAUUGCUGCUCGGAUAUGUUCAGGUUGAUGGUUGAUGAUAUGUAUAAGGACGUAAGAAUAUCAUGUCUGAUGGACCGUGUCAGGAUUUUGCUUGGUUGGGAGAGUGAUGGAAGAUUGUAUCCUACCCAUUGGACUUACACGUUGAAUAAACUGCAAACGGCGGUAGAUAUGGAAGCCAAAGAUGUGUUUGAAGAUGAUAAGUAUGAUUACUACGAUUAUCCUUCCGAUGAAGAGUGGAUAAGGAUUAGAACUUUUUGCAAACUCACUGGUUGCAUUUAUAAAGUGGCGAAAGAGCUUUUUGAUGGGGAGUAUCCAACGGCUAACGUCUACUUCCAUCUCCUUGUGGAGCUAAAGGUCAUGCUGAGAGAAGAGGUCAAGAAUGGGGAUGGUGAUUACUUUCUUGGUAAAGCUAAGGAGAUACUGGAGGGGUUUGAUAAGUAUUGGAAUGAGAUGUUUCUUGUGUUGGCUACUGCUUCUGUGUUGGACCCUCGGUUCAAGUUGAAGUAUCUAGACUUUUACUGCUCAAAGAGUAGUGAUCAAGGUUCAAAAGCUGAGACUGUUGUGGACUACUUACGCAGUCUAUACUCUUGCUACGCAGCUAGCGAUAUACGUCCACUACCGGAACGUGCAGCUGAGCCAAGUCCCCGGUGUAUUUUGUAUAUGUUCGGAGACGAAUCAGAAGAAGAGGAAGAGAAGAAGCCUGACGGUUAUGGGGACUUUGCUUUCUUUCAAGAGUAUCUCAAGUUUGAAGGAUGUUGUUCAAGAGAGUUUCAUGAGUCAGAGCUUGAUUCUUACUUCAAAGAGCCUGUUUUGGAGUGGAGGAAAGACUUCGAUGCACUGAAAUGGUGGAGAGAUGAGAGCUCAAAGUACCCGAUCCUCUCCCGAUUAGCUCGUGACAUUCUCUCGAUUCCAAUCUCUCGUGGCACGUCGAACCGUGCGUAUGUUGCUGACAAAAGAGAGUGUCCUGAGUUUAUUGUCGCAUUGGAAGGGAAACUUCUGAACGCCAUGAUGUGCGGCGAGAGUUCUGAUAUGGCCAAGUCGUUACUAAUAAACAUUAGAAUGCUAUUGUCUUCAUGAAAACUCAAUAACUCUUGUUUUUCAUUUCGUUUUCUCAGUACAAUGUUUUUCCCUUGAAGCCUUUUUCUUUCCAUAACUAAAAUGAAAUUUCUAAAAUUGAAAAACUAAUAUUUUACAAAUUUUCUUAAAGUAUAUCGGACAUUAAAACACAUAAAAUUCCAAAUAUAAUAUUUUUAAUCACAUCCGAUUAGCUACCGUCCGAUUGAUUCACCGUCUCUAUGAUCGAACCACGGAGAUUUAAAAACAAUCCUAUAAUUGAUCGCCACGUAGGUGAGUUAGCAUUCCCCCCUAAACCAUAAGAUAUUAACAUUGAAAAUCGGAAAAUUCUCAAAAAAAAAAAAAAGAAAAACAUUGAGAAUAGGAAUCGUCUUUUUUAUCUCAACCCUAAUCCUAUCUCUCCUUCCGUCUCCUCACAGAAGACAGAACAGCAACCCCUUGCUAUGGACAACACUGACCUCGCAUCCGAUUCAGGUUCUAAUCUCUUCUUCCUUUUCAUCUCUUUUGUCUCCAUAUAGCUUUCUCUUCUCAUGAUUUUGUACGGAUGUAAUACCUAGUUUUCUAGGGUUUAUUCUAGAUACCCUUGCUUUAUUUUUGUCAUAGUAUGAUGGUAUUCUGAUACUGCUUCUUUGUUAGAUAUGAUGAAGAACCAAAACUCGGACGACUCUACCGACGAUUUCGAGUAUGAUUUUGAGGACGAUGAGGAGAAUGAGACAGAUGCUCACAAAGCUAUGCCGAACUGGCUUCAGAUCAAUCCGAUCACCAUCAGGAAAGAGAUUCUUAAGCUACACGAAACACAAAAAAUAAAGGCCAAGAAGUUUCUCAAAGACUUCCAGGGCAAGCUAACCCUCUCAUACGAAGGGAUGAUUAGCGCAUCCGCCAGAGAUUACACCUGUUUGACUGCUCACUUCAUCGACGAUAACUUUAACGUCAGGAGCUGGAUCCUCGGCUUCACCACCGGCGCUUCGAUACCACUAGACGACAUCUACGUCUACCACUUCAGGAAAGCUGUUCAGGACUUGGAGGUUGAGGACAAAGUCUCCACUAUACUAUGUGACACCCGCCACUUUCAAAAUAUAAUAAAUUGAUAAAAGCGGAAAUAAAAUAAUAAUACAACUCAAAUAAUAAUAAUCUUCAUAUAAUAUAAAAGUCAAUACGGUAACAAAAGGCCAAAAAAGCCCAACAUCGAUAACAUCCGAAAUAUAAAAUACGAUAUAAACCGAAAGUCUGAAAUAGGAAUAACAUAGACGAUAAAAGUCCAAAGGCCUAAAGGCCCGAUAAAGAUAAAAGCGGUAAAAGCGAUAGAAGCCCAAAAGCCCAAUAGCACCGGUCCGAUAAUCACUCCUGCUCAUCGGUCUCACCUAAAAGGGGGAAAGAAUGAGGGGUGAGCGACAGGGGAAUCGCUCAGCGAGGUAUGGGAUGCUACCCCGAAGUCCAUGGACCCGGACAUAGCACUCCGAAUAAAUAUAAUUUAAUUCUAAUGCAUGUCAAACACAGUACCUAAAGUACUCAA